AUUUUUCUGUUCGCAUACUUGUAGGCUUUGCAAAAAGCUUGGGAUGAUGCAUGCGCAGCUGAAGGAAGCGCACAAAUAACUAUUCCUUUCGGUGACUACUUAGUUGGGCCGGUUUUGUUCAAGGGAAAAUGUAAAGGACCCAUUACGAUCCAAUUAGAUGGAAAUUUGCUCGCUGAUACAAAUCUCAACCGGUACACGAGCAAUUGGCUUGAGUUUCAGUACAUCGAUGGGCUCACGAUUAGUGGUCGUGGCAAGCUCGAUGGACAGGGGACCACCGCUUGGCCCCACAAUAAUUGCCCAGACAAUUGGAAGUGCAAGCUUCUUCCAAUGACAAUGUCGCUGAGCUUUGUCACAAACUCAGCCAUAACCGGCAUCACCUCCCUCAACAGCAAGUUCUUCCACGUGAACAUGUUCGGCUGCAGCAACAUCGACAUCCACUCCAUCACGAUAACCGCCCCCGGCGACAGCCCCAACACCGAUGGGAUCCACAUGGGCGCCUCCUCUAACAUCAUCAUCACCAACUCCACCAUCGGCACCGGAGAUGACUGCGUCUCCGUCGGGUCGGGCACAACCAACGUGACCGUAUCUGGAGUCACGUGCGGGCCCGGCCACGGCAUCAGCGUCGGCAGUUUGGGCAAGGAUGAGGAUAAGGGGGAUGUCGUGGGGUUCAAUGUGAGGAACUCUAAGCUGAGUGGGACUGCAAACGGGAUCAGGAUCAAGACUUGGCAGGGCAAGAAGGAUGCUAAGAAUGUUGAACCCAUGAUGGUUUCGGGUUUCACGUUCGAUGAUGUUGUGAUGGAGAAUGUGAUGAAUCCGAUUAUUAUCGAUCAGGAGUAUUGUCCAUAUGCUUCUUGUGUGGAAUCGGAGCCAUCUAGAGUUCAGAUUAAGGAUAUUAAGUUCAACAACAUAAGAGGAACAUCAUCCUCUGCAGAGGUAAUCAAGUUGAGGUGCAGCAAGACUCAUCCAUGUGAAGGAUUGGAGCUCAAGAACAUCCAACUUCAGUAUAUUGGCAAUGACAAAGCAUUGAAGGAGACCGCUACUUGUGAGAAUGUUAAAGUGGUCUCAAGCAAUGUCAAGCCUGUCUCUUGCUAAAUAAAUAACUCCAUGUUCAAGUAUGAAGGAUGCCUAAGUUUAAGGAGUCCUUAAUUAUUUACUAUUGUGAUUAUGUUUGAUGUCUGACUUUGUAACAAAUUAUUGUAAAUUUAUUUGAUUUAAUAAAAAAAAGUACAAUGAAAUAAUUCUUCACAUGAAGGUUUAAAUA